UGUUCUGUAGGGUGCUGUCUCUCCCCCAGGGGCAGGGCCAAGGCUUUUGUAACUACUGGAGGAUCUCGCACUCCAUCAGGAAUCCCUGUAGGCUUGCCUCCUGAAGAGAAAAGGAGGGGAAAGUCCUCUCCUCCUCUGGGAUGCUUCUUCUGGUCACCUAGGACUGGCCCAAGAUUUGAAUCAAAGGCAAACAGCAAAAUUGGGGUGAAAUUACAACAGGUUUACUAUCAGGGCCCAAAACAGCAUUCUCCCAGGCCAUGAAAUCAAAGGCAGUCAGCCUGGGACCAGGAUGAGGGGAAGCUGGGCUUUUCUAUGUAGAGGGAAAGAAGGGAGCCACUCUCCUGCGGGCUCCUGGCUUUCUCUGGGUUUUAAAAUUAAAGUCCCCCAUGGUUAGCUGUGACCUUUGGCUGUUGUCACUUUUGUUGGCCCCUCAAAUGUGGUAGCAGCAAGACCUUGUGAUAAAGAUUUGAUGCCAAAGGGAGGAACUUGAGAAAAAGGAGUCACUCUCUACAGAGAGCCUGGAGCCAGAGGGAAUGGGCCCUGGGAGCCUCGGACCUCCUCAGGAGGUUGUGACAUUCAAGGAUGUGGCUGUGGACUUCACCCAGGAGGAGUGGGGGCUCUUGGACCCCUCUCAGAAGGAGCUGUUCAAGGAGGUCAUGGUGGAGAAUGCCCAGAACCUGCUGUCCUUGGGGUUUCCAGUUCCCAGAGAAGAGGUGAUCUCUUAUUUUGAGCAAAGGAAAACCCCCUGGAUGCUGGACCAAGAAGAUCUGAGGAGCUGCUCUCCAGGUGAGUGAGGUGAAAGCAGGGACAUGAGAGCUGUGGUUAAAAGAGGCUUCUGGCAGUUAUCCUGAAGUACAUGCUCAGUUUGGGGAGAAAGGUCAGAUUUAGAAUUCUUUACUGAAUAUUUCUUGGCAGCCGUGUCCGGGGCUAGUCAGUGAAUCUGGCUGUCUGCUCCACAAAAUGAGUGGGGCCCACUGCAAGGCCCCGUAGGCCCUUCCACUGCUCAUCUGUCAUUGUGUAAGAAAUCCUUCUUUGGGAUUUGGGGCAAUGGAAUUCCUGAAAGUUCCCAGAGGGAAUAGGUUUGGGACAUAAGCCAUUUCUUAGAACUUUUUUCUUGUCAGUAAACAAUUAAGGGCCUGUUACUUGGCAGUCCUGGGCUAAACACCAGGAACACAAAUAGAGAUAUGAGGGACAUCCCCUGCCCUCAUGGAGGUCCCCCACCACAGAGUGGCGGGGCAGACAAUACACCAGCAAUCCUGGAGUGACCCACUGUGCACCAGAUAAAUUGAAUAAUUUAGUGCCCCAGUGCAUCAUUAAUUGGUGAGGAUCAUGAUGGUUUAAAAGGGGUGUAGAACUGGGGAAGAAAGAGCCAAAGUGAAAUAAAACAGGUAGCAUUUAUACAAUCCUACAUGCCAUGCUCUGCACUGUCUUAUUUCAUCCUUAUGAGAACCAUAGGAUUUAAGUGCUAUUAUUAUGCCCAUCUUACAGGUAAAGAAACUGAAUCUAACAGAAAUCCUAUAACUUGACUUGCAAGGUUCUGAGGUGGGAAUAAAAUCCUGGGCUUCCUGAUUUAAGGCCCUAUCCACAUUCUAUCCAUUGUAACUGUAUUCUGGUUUUGAAACAUAUGAUGAACAUGGUCUAACAUGUGUGAUGUAGAAAAGAAAGAUCUGGACAACUCCUGUGGAGACAGGGAAAUUCAUUUUUUUUAAAAGUCUAGCCAGUCAAAAGGCAUUGCCAAUUACUGUUUAAAAAAAGAUUUCUAUCAGUUCCAAUGGAGCAGUAAUGAACUGAACCAGCUACACCCAGCGAAAGAACUCUGGGAGAUGACUAAGAAUCAUUACAUUGAAUUCCCAAUCCCUAUAUUUUAUUUCCUUUACAGGCUAAUUAUACAAUAUUUCAGAGUCUGAUUCUUUUUGUACAGCAAAAUAAUGGUUUGGACAUGUGUACUUACUUUGUAUUUAAUUUAUACUUUAACAUAUUUAACAUGUAUUGGUCAUCCUAUCAUCUAGGGGAGGAGGUGGGGGGAAGGAGGAGAAAAAUUGGAACAAAAGGUUUGGCAAUUGUCAAUGCUGUAAAAUUACCCAUGCAUAUAACUUGUAAAUAAAAAGCUAUUAAAAAUUAAAAUUAAAAAAGAUAUAUAUUUAUGUUGGCUCAUGACAAAUGUUGCCCUAAAUGAUAGAGUGGUCAAUUACAUAUCUUGUUUUUAGCACAUCUUGUUCAGGCUAUUAGAGCUUGGAUGAGAUGGGGUUGCUAGAUAACCCAGGAGGGAGAGCACUCUAGUCCGGGAAGAAACAGCCCCUGAGGGACUGUGCAGGCCUGUGGCCAUUUGUACAUGAAUGUCCAACCUUCCUUCAAUGCUAGGAAUAAUCUGAUGUCAAGUUGAGAAACCAGAAGAAUCUGUUGCACUUAGAAGCAGCCAGGCAUUGUGCCGAGUGUCAGGGAUACUUAGAGAGAGGAAGGUAAGCCCCAUCCUCGAGAACUCACAUUUUACUGGGGAAGAAAACAUACAAUAACUAGGUAUACAUGCAAUCCACGACAGCACAUCCACACAAAGUCCAUAUGAAACAAUAUAUGCAAGAUUCACACAGAGUGGAUACAGAGUGUCCUAGGGGAGCGAAGGCACUAGGCUAUGGGGAUGGCGGCACAGGAGGGGGGAUUUUGAGCUGAGUCCCAAAGGAAUUCGGGGUUCUAAGAAGUGGAGGUGUCCCGCCUCCCCCUGCCCCCUGCCCCCAGCUGCGUUUCAUGGACUCAGGGCACAAUCCUCCACAGCCGUGUACUAUUGAUCUUGAUAGGCUGAAAUCAUUGCAGAGAGUCUUGUAAAGGUAGAACUGUGCACAUCUCUGUGGUCCCAGAGCACAGCUACCUUUAUAACCAAAUAAGACAAUUAUUCACCACUUUAGGUGCCACUAAGACAUUUUUUGGGUUAGAUCCCUUGGAUCUUUGUCUCAUUCACGGACUUGGUGAAUUUUUAAAAGGGAAAGAUUGCAAUACUGCAGCCUGCACUACCCUCUUCCACAUCUCAGGAUGAUGAACUCAAUUUUUGUGUUUGAAACAUUUUCAGAUGUAGUUAAUUUCAUACAUUUAAAAAUGUUAUCUUGGGAUAUGCAGGGGGCAUAUGAUGAUUAAAAAAAAAAGAAUUAAGUGAUAGCUAUCUCAAAAAAAAUAACGAAUCAGAAUUAAAUCACUUCUACCUCAGGUAAAUUAAAAAAAAAAAAAAAAACUAUGUUAGCCUACUGAAUAUGAUACCAGAUAAAGUAAUAGAAAAAAAAAUGAAUUGAAAGUGAUCAGCAUGGAAAUUUGUUAUACUUACAAGCAGGACAGAUCAUGAAACAAUUUGAGUAUUUCCUAUAUGUUCACUAGAUGUCAUGUCUAUGAAAAAGAGGCAGAGAGCAGAUAAUGAAAGGGAAAGGGGAAAAUUGAGAGUUGAGAUAAUUGUCACAUACUGUAGGCAGAGCAUGCCCAUUCACAGGGUGUAAAUUCUAGUCUCAGCUGCUGGGAUUUGGGCCAAUUCACUCAGCCUUUCUGAGCUGGUAGCCACCUGAGUUGUGCACCUAAGGAGAAUGAAGGUACUCUCUGGGUUGUCACAGGUUAUUGUGAGUCUCCAUUGUUAUUGUGCAUGAAACUUCUUAGAAAUUAGAUCAUGUUUGGGAUGUGAACUAAUGAAACUUAAAAUGAUUGGUUUUGCCCAUUUUAUAUUUUUCUCUUUGCCUAGGAAAAGAGAAAAUGACUGAGUUUCUCUUCUGCUGGUGGAAGGAAAGGAAUAUAAAUGUGUGUGAGUGUGUGUGUGUGUGUGUGUGUGUGCAUCAUGACUAUGUCUGCUUUAUUGGUUCCUCUUUUUCUUUUGUUUUGGAAGGAGAGAUCAGAAUGAGAUGAAAGAAACUUCUGCAGUGCUAAGCCAUUCUGUGGUAGAAACUCCCAAGCAGUGGUUCAUGGGUAAUGGAUCCUGUGACUUUACUUGGACAAAAAGCUGUGCAACACAUGAGAGAAUCCAGCUUAGAGAGAGACAUUGUGAAUGUACCAAAUGUGGAAAAGGUUUUAUAAAAAAGGAAAAGCUUAUUGUACAAGCGAGAAUCCACACAGGAGAGAAACCUUAUGACUGUAACCAAUGUGGAAAAGCUUUUAGAUGGAAGGGAAAACUUAUCGUACAUCAGAAAAUCCACACUGGAGAGAAGCCUUAUGAAUGUAACCAAUGUGGAAAGGCUUUUAGAAGCAAGGAAGGUCUCAUUGGUCAUCAGAGAAUCCACACUGGAGAGAAGCCUUAUGAAUGUAACCAAUGUGGAAAGGCUUUUCGACACAAGGUAGCUCUUACUGUACAUCAGAGAAUCCACACUGGAGAGAAGCCUUAUCAAUGUAACCAAUGUGGAAAGGCUUUUCGACACAAGGUAGCUCUUACUGUACAUCAGAGAAUCCACAUUGGAGAGAAACCUUAUGCAUGUAACCAGUGUGGAAAAAAUUUUAUAAAAAAAGAAGCUCUUAUUUUACAUCAGAGAACCCACACUGGAGAGAAGCCUUAUGAAUGUAACCACUGUGGAAAGGCUUUUAGAAGCAAGAAAGGUCUCAUUGGACAUGAGAUGAUGCAUACUGGAGAGAAGCCUUAUGAAUGUAACCAGUGUGGGAAAAGUUUUAUUAAAAAAGGAGCUCUUACUUUACAUCAGAGAACCCACACUGGAGAGAAGCCUUAUGAAUGUAACCACUGUGGAAAGGCUUUUAGACAAAAGGGAGCUCUUACUGUACAUCAGAGAAUCCACACUGGAGAGAAACCUUAUGAAUGUAACCAGUGUGGAAAAAGUUUUAUAAAAAAUGGAGCUCUUAUUUUACAUCAGAGAACCCACACUGGAGAGAAGCCUUAUGAAUGUAACCACUGUGGAAAGGCUUUUAGAAGCAAGAAAGGUCUUAUUGGACAUGAGAUGAUGCACACUGGAGAGAAACCUUAUGAAUGUAACCAGUGUGGAAAGGCUUUUAUACAAAAGGGAGCUCUUAAUAUACAUCAGAGAAUCCACACUGGAGAGAAACCUUAUGAAUGUAACCACUGUGGAAAGGCCUUUGGAGACAAGAAUACUCUUACUGUACAUCAGAGAAUCCACACUGGAGAGAAACCUUAUGAAUGUAACCACUGUGGAAAAGCUUUUAGAAACAAGGGAAGUCUUACUACACAUCAGAGAAUCCACACUGGAGAGGAGCCUUAUGAAUGUAACCAGUGUGGAAAGUCUUUUAGAGACAAGAAUGUUCUUACUGUACAUCAGAGAAUCCACACUGGAAAGAAACCUUAUGAAUGUAACCACUGUGGAAAGGCUUUUAGAGACAAGAAUGCUCUCACUGUACAUCAGAGAAUCCACACUGGAGAGAAACCUUAUGAAUGUAACCACUGUGGAAAGGCUUUUAGACAUAAAUCUAGUCUUACUGACCACGAGCGUACCCACACUUAAGAGAAACUUUAUGACUGUAAUCAGUGUUGGAAAACUUUUGCAAAUAGAGGAUUUCUUACUAGUAAUCAAAGAACCCAAACUGGACAGAAACCUUCUCAAUGU